CCCCAAAGUCCUGGACCUGGGGUUCCGUAUGACUUCACCUAUGGAACUCCACCCAACCCGCAAGAAGGAUGUACUUCGAUCUCACACGCCACAUCCCCAGAUGAGCAGUCGCAAUUAACGCCCGGGACAGCCCAGCUUUCUGAUGGCGGAGAACAAGGAGAAGACAGGGACCAGAACGGUAUCCCGCAGCCGCAAGCAAACGACAAUCCGCUCAGGACCGGUCAGCUCCCGGUCAUCUCGAAUUUCCCGCUGGACUGUCCGCAAAAUAACAAUGGAAGCGCCGGAACUGUUUACAACUUGUACUUUAAGGAUAAUAAAAACUCUUCUGUCAAAAUCUACUUGUCUCCAGAGAGUCCUGGACUGACGCGUGGCGUCGAGGAGUUGAGCUUACAAGACUACGCCAAGCCUCAAUGUCCAGCGGGCAGCUAUUCCUGCCUCAAAAACAUGCUGGAUCCGAAAAAUCUAGGUCGAACUGUAAACUCUGUACAUGUAUGCUCCAGCUGUAAGGAGUUCCCGCAACAGCCACGAAACAACACUCCGAGGACGCAGCCAGAGGAGCAAAUUCCCCUUGAUCAGGACAACACGACACAGAACAACCCAUCAGCGAACGAAGUUGCUCACAGGGAGGAAAACGAAGAACCGCACAGGACUGUAGACGAGCAUCAUAUUGGCAUGGAGGGCGCAGAAGGUAGCAACGCAGCCGGCAACAGCCUCCCGCCCCCAGCCCAGACACAAAAGCCUAAUAAACCCGUACGCAGCGGUCUCAUCAGCAAAGAGGCAACAAAGGUGGCAAGAGAUACUGAGACGCACGACAGGCCGUCUUCCAAUACAAGGUUGCAGCAAGCUAAGAAGGCUCCAGCAAGGCCCACGGCAUGUUCUGGGCGCAAGAAGAGGGCAAGGCGUGACGAUGACCUUGUCGGACCGGCCACGAAGAUGGCGAGACCGGCUACAUGUAUCUCGAGGAGGUCGACUAUGACUGCUUUACACAGAAGCUAGAGGAACGAAGACUGACAGGUGAAAGCAUGCAUCGAGUGAUGCGGAUGGACACGGGUCUGUUGGAGCGGAUAUAUGAGGGGGUGCUUUUGAUGUGAGGGUGCGGAUGGCAAGAGUUGGAGUUUGUUGAUUGUUCGUUUCUUUUCUUGUGUAUUCGUGGUUUCUUUUUUUCGGUGUCUCUUUCAGUAUACGGUGAGAGCAGUUAGUAUGAGCAUG